AUGGUAAAUUUAACGCCAAAAACUUUGAAGAUUAUAAAGACUUGUAACUUGUAUCUUGGCUGCGUUGUAUUCGGAAUGUGCUUUGCUAUUCCUGGUCCAACGUUACUGGAUUUGCAACACAUCAUAAAGACGGACACGGAACAUAUAGCAUUUGUUUACACAGCAAGAUCGAUUGGAUAUUUGAUUGGUUCUUUCGUUGGUGGGAUGAUUUUCGAUUUCAUAAAAUGGAAACAGCUCAUCUUGAUCAUCUGUGCAUCACUCAAAUGUCUCAGUAUAUUGGGAGUUCCAUGGAGCCGAAGUUUCGAAGUUCUCACUACUUUUAUGGCGGUGAACGGAGCUGCUAUGGGAGCUUUUGACACUUGUUGUAAUGUCUACUUACUCAAUUUGUGGGGCAAAGACAGUGCUCCAUACUACCAAGCACUGCACUUUACUUUCGGAGUUGGAGGACUCAUAUCUCCUCUUAUUGCUGCACCUUUUCUGGGAAGUUACAACGAAUUACAGAGUGAAAGCUUUAAUUACGACAACGUCACAUUUUCUGCCAUGAACUUAACAGAUGAACUUAACAGCGGAGGAUUAUUUGCAAAUAUUCCAAAAAUCACGUAUGCUUAUUCCAUCGUGGGAGCUACUGAAUUUCUUGUUGUUCUGAUCUAUGUGUCAACUUUUGUGAUAUCGCCUACAGAUGAAUACAGCGAAAAGGAGGAAGCUAAGAGUAGCAUAAAGCAAAAUCCGUUCUUUUUUGCUGUCGUUAUCGGCCUGGUUUUUGCACUGUUAUUUAUUCAAACUGGUGCAGAGAUCGGUUACGCACAGAUGAUAACACCAUAUGCCGUGAAAGGAAAGUUGAAAUUGCCAAUAACAACUGGAUCUUACAUGACUUCGGCAUUUUGGGCUGCAUUUACCAUUUCCAGAUUUUCUUCCGUCUUUAUGGCAAUGAAAUUCACCAAUUUAACCUUAAUAGUGUACGAUCUUAUCGUCACAUCUGUUGCUGCUGUGUUCUUAACAGCACUUUCAAGCCACGUGUGGGCAUUAUGGCUGUCCUCGGUACUGUUCGGAAUUGGAAUAGCUUCGUUUUUUCCCGCCACAGUUGCGUGGUUUGGCACACACAUCAACGUCACGAACAAAAUAGCUGGGGUUUUUGUGUGCAGUGCUGCAUUUGGUGAACUUGCGAUGCCUUUUGCCAUAAGCUACAAUAUUGAGACUACGCCUGAAGUUUUUAUAUACAUGAUUCCAGCAAGCUGUGCAUGUUCUACACUCAUAGUGCUCGCGGUUUAUUUAAUUUUAAGAAACAGUCCAUCUAAUCCAGAAGUUGAAAAGCAGCCUUCCUCUGAUGUUGGAAUUUCUACCAUCAGAGUUUCUGAGUAA